AUGAGCUUAUCUGGGAUCGGCCAAUUUGCCAACAGGCAUCUAGUCAAAACAAUAAAAUAUGCGGCUCAGCCACAGCUAUAUGUUCAUAAGGCUGGAUCCACUGCAUUGCUAUCAUUUAGUUCCAACCCAACACGCUUACCAAUAGGCAAAGUUAAAGCAAUAGAUAAUCUAGGUAGUGACUACCAGGUCACACCAGAUAACUUUGUUGAAAACAAGUCUUUCAUCGAACGACUACAGUCUGUCAUUAAGGGCCAUGUUGCUGAUGACAUGAUGUAUCGAUUGGAUUCGCUUAACUAUCGUGGUUCUUAUAUGCCCAUAUAUGAUCUAAAACGUGUUCCCGAAUACAUGAAUCAGCAAGUGAAUGUUGAUAACGUGCUAGGUUACAUCAAGGUUGAUGCUAUGGGCAACAUGGACGAAUCCACGUACCAGGCCAACAACACAUAUAGAUUGUGCAAUGCGGACGGAAUUAUAAAAUUGAGUGAUGUUAUCCUCGAGGAAUUGAAAAAGCAGUUGUGA